GACGAACAGAAAGCGAAAUCGGUGUCGAGGCUGACUGGACGCCGUGAAAUCCCCUCUGGAUGCUGCAGCUGAUGCCGUGUUGAUGCCAGCAUCCGUCAGCAGGAGGAGAAGAUCCCGCCUGGAGGAGGAGGAAGAGGAGGAGGGGUCGGUGGGGGGCGUGGCUUUGUGCCGGAGCCUCCCAGACGCGUCCAAAAAGGAACAGAAGAAAGGAUGGGUGAGAGCAGAAGAAAGCGGUGAGCCGCGAUCGCACAAAGUUCCGGGCAAGCGUGGAAAGUGUUGAAGAGCGAGAAGCAACCUCCGCCAGAGUGCUCCGCUGGGCUCCUGUUGAGAAAAAAAAGUCCUGAAGCAGCAGCAUCAGCAGGUUUCCUCCGUUGGGUUAGAGGCGCGCUGGGGAAAAAGGCUUUAAAUGCAACGCUGUCUGAUAUAUGAGAAGAGCAUGGCAGCCGAGACGAAGAGUUCACUGAGUAACAAUACCUGCAAAGAGCACAGCAGGAGGAAGCUGCUGGUCGCCGUGGAUCUCUUCUGCUUGUUUCUGGUGAUUCUUGUCGGCGUGUUUUUGCACAAGUCUCCCUUCCCGCCUUACCAGAGGGGGUUCUUCUGCAAUGACGAGAGCAUCAGACUCGCCUAUAAGAACAGCACGGUGUCCACCACCGUGCUCACAGCUGUGGGCGUCACUGUGCCCGUGGUCUCUAUCAUCAUUGGCGAAAGCUACAGGAUCUACUUCCUGAACGAGGGAUCCAAGGCUUUUGUUGGGAACCCCUACAUUGCUGCUCUCUACAAGCAGAUCGGGGUGUUCAUCUUCGGCUGUGCCAUCAGCCAGUCCUUCACAGACAUCGCCAAGGUGUCGGUGGGCCGCAUGCGGCCACACUUCCUCGAUGUGUGUGACCCUGACUUCUCCACCAUCAACUGUUCUCUGGGCUACAUCACUGAGUACACAUGUCGGGGCCAGGAGAGCAAAGUCCAAGAGGCCAGGAAGUCGUUCUUCUCUGGACAUGCGUCGUUCUCCAUGUACACCAUGCUCUACCUAGUGUUUUACCUGCAGUCUCGCUUCACAUGGCACGGUGCCCGCCUGCUGCGUCCUUUGACCCAGUUCACCCUCAUCAUGAUGUCUUUCUACACCGGUCUGUCUCGGGUGUCCGACCACAAGCACCACCCCACCGAUGUCCUGGCUGGGUUCAUUCAGGGCGCCCUAGUGGCCUACUGCGUUGUCUUCUUUGUGUCCGACUUGUUUAGGCCCAAAGGAAGACGCUCUGCUCUGUCCCAAACACCGGUGAAGAAAGAUCUUAUCCCUGCAGCAGACAUCAGGGAGCGGGGAAACCAUCUCAUCAUAGCGUAAAGGAAGGCUGCAAACUGCCUGCGAACAAACCAUGAACAGAGCUGUUCCUUUAUUUUUUCUAUAGCCACUAGUUCUUACUGAGCAAAAUAAACACUGUGGAAACUGCAGAGGAGAACCAGAGGAAACGCUCAAGAAGCAAGUUUUGCUUUCUGAAGGGACGUUUUCAUGUUUUUCCUUAAUCUCACCAGACAUCUGAAUGUGUGGAGAGGAGAGAUGACCUUUUUUUUUUGUUACCCAAGGAAUAUUUGACCUUCUCUCCUAUUGUGAAGAUUGCUGCACGUUCUCCAUUGUCGAGACUUUUUCUUUUUUCCUGAACAAAAGUCGGAAAUCAAGCAAAACUUACAAAUGGCAGCUGCUAACAAAGCUGUGUGCGGCUUUUGUGAAAUUUUUUAUAUUUUUUUUUAUUUCCCCACCUUGGCCGCGCCCAGCACAGGAGCUCCACUCACAGUCCUGCUCCUCACUGUGUGACUCAUAUUAAGACAGAAAAAUACAAAACAAAUUCCUCUAUAUCAGGAAGGAUAUUGUUUUAGUUCGGUUGCAUUACAAGACGUUGCCUGAGGGAUUUUUAAAACGCUAUUUUAGGUCGCCGACACAUGAACGACCUUUUUUUUUUUUUUUAAAAAAAGCUUUUCGAAAGCUUUGCUAACCUUCACUCUGUGCAUAGGUCAGUGUUCCCUCAGACGUUACAGUUAUGUGGAAAAUACAGUGAGGGUGUUUGUGGGUGGGUGGGUUUUGGAUGUGGGCCUCAUCCUGCUGGCUGGGAUGAGCCCCUACUGAGCCAUUUAAUGAAACAACUGUCUUUUAUAGGUGCCAGACGGGUGCCUGCAUGUGUUAGGCUGUGUGUGUGUGUGUGGGUGUGUGUGCUUGUGUUACAAUGUGCCUUCAAGUCUUAAUGUCAGGUUCGUAUAUCUCAGUGCUCAUGGCCAAAACACGGGGCAGAAAAGAGGGCACCUGUUUUAACAGGUUCAUGCAACAGGAGUCGAGAAUGCCACGCGAACGAUACAGUACCCAUCAAUGUUACCUAUCAUACUUAUUGGUUGGCCGUAACACUUAAACUAGCUUAAGUAGCUUGUAAAAUCCCACAGAGACCAGUCCGCUGGAAAUUGUAACGACCAAUCCCUUCCCAGUCAUUGAAUGCACCAUAGCAAAGGCUGAACACUCUUCAGUAUGGACGAUGUUACGUUAACUUAGUGGUUUUUCGUAUCGGUGAGGCGUUUUGAAAUUAAAUCAGAGGUAAAACAAAAGGUCUAAGAAGCUAUUUAAGUGUUAGCUGUAUUUAGCUUCCCAUGCAGGCUAGACUCCUUUUGGUGCGUGUUAAUACGCUCCUCAGCCGUUUAGUAUUUUUGACCAUACCCGACUUUUUCAGCUACAAAGAGGAGACGCUAACUGCUCUAAUAAUGCUAACCGUGCUAAUAUCUAAUAUAAGAUGCCAAAAAACUUCCUAAUGAAUUUCUUCCUGUUUCACAGCAACCCCUGGCUCACACGCACAGUGUGACGUCGCUUCCGCUCCUAGUAAAAUGCUUCGUUUAAAGAUAAUUAAUUGUAGGAAGGCUUGAAAAAUCAUUUUAAUUCAGUCACUUUUAGAUUUUAAAGACCAAUCAGUAUCAGCGUAAGCUGUUGUCACUAGAUACGGGCUGCUAUGACAACCCUUAGUAAAUAUUCUAGUGUCCCUAUGUUUCCAAACAUUGUUUAAACAACUAUAAAGUCUAAACAAAGCAAUCAGCCACUAAAUGUAGUCGUUAAAACAGCCGUAAUACUUGCAGCUGGCCGACUGUAGUGGAAGGUGGCGCUCCUUUAGUUUUCACACGCCAGCUGUCCGCGCUUUGAAAGUGGAAAUAUUUCCAAACGGGAGGAAAACUGGGGCAGACUUCUUUUCAGCCAGCUGACAGGCCCUGCAUAGGGGCAUUUAUACGUUGCUCUUUCAUCUCCAAAGCUAGAAAAAAUGUAUCUAGCAUCUCAUCAGAAGGUCUUUAAACUAUAGGAGCUGUAUGAUAGAACCUUUUAUCAGUUUGAAAAUUGUAACUUUUAGAACCCUUGUAUACCUUGACACAGGUAACCAGCCCAUGCUUUUUAUCGUUAAGUUUACAAAACCAGUAAACGGCAACAGAAAUCGACGCAUCUCUAGUUAACAGUGAUGGCUGGCAUAACGUAAACCCAAAUAUAAAACGGUGUAUUUUGCUUGCCUGACGCCGUCGUGCAACAUGUACAUGAACCCAGUGCCUUAAAGUAUCCCGACUCGGUUGGGCAUCGCUGAGACUGCCUCAGAGCGUUCACUGUGCCACUACGUGCUUUAAAGUGUGUCUUGUUUGUUUUCUGCAGAAACCCUGCGUGUUAAGACCUGUGUAAGUGUAGAACGUGCUUCUGUGUGAGCCAAGCAGCGACCAGUGAAGUGAAUAUUAACUCGUAUAAUAGAGGAAGAACGCGGUCAAAACCAGACCGCUUCGGUUCGUUUUCUUUUUUUUUUUUAUGAAAACAAAAUCCAUGUAAUAUUUUUGUAAUGUGAAAUUUUGUACAAUAAAACUGUAUUAAAGAAAUAACGUCUUUAAUAAAACACAAAAGAAUAAGAAUAUG